ACGAGGAGAGCGGCGAGUAGCGAGGAGAAGAGCGGUAGCGAGGAUAGAACAUCGUUAACCACUACCUGGAUUAAUAAAAUUUACAUUCACCGGGCUAAAGAAUACCGCAGCUGCGUCGUCAGGGCCGUGCCCCUUCUAGGAUUCCGUAAGCAAGAAGGGUAGAACGCACCACCAGCCAAGAUGGGGAACCGUGGCAUGGAGGACCUGAUUCCUCUGGUCAACAAGAUGCAGGAUGCGUUCUCCGCCAUCGGUCAGAACGCUACCAUUGACUUGCCGCAGAUCGCCGUGGUCGGCGGUCAGAGCGCCGGGAAAAGCUCUGUGCUGGAGAACUUCGUGGGCAAGGAUUUUCUUCCUCGUGGGUCUGGGAUUGUGACACGUCGCCCCCUGGUGUUGCAGCUCAUCAACAGUCCCACUGAGCAUGCUGAGUUCCUCCACUGCAAGGGGAAGAAGUUCACGGACUUUGAUGAGGUGAGGCAGGAGAUCGAGGCGGAGACCGACCGCAUCACCGGCCAGAACAAAGGAAUCUCCCCCGUGCCCAUCAACCUGAGGGUCUACUCUCCCAACGUCCUGAACCUGACCCUGGUGGACCUACCGGGGAUGACCAAGGUGCCGGUGGGGGACCAGCCUGCUGACAUAGAGGCCCAGAUCAGGGACAUGCUCAUGCAGUUUGUCACCAAGGACAACUGCCUGCUGCUGGCUGUGUCCCCAGCCAACUCUGACCUGGCCAACUCUGACGCCCUCAAGAUAGCCAAGGAGGUCGACCCCCAGGGUCAGCGCAGCAUUGGAGUGAUCACUAAGCUGGAUCUGAUGGACGAGGGCACGGAUGCCAGAGACAUCCUGGAGAACAAGCUGCUGCCCCUCCGCAGAGGUUAUGUCGGGGUGGUGAACCGCAGCCAGAAGGACAUUGAUGGUAAGAAGGACAUUAAAGCUGCCUUGGCAGCGGAGAGGAAGUUCUUCCUGUCUCAUCCAGGCUAUCGGCACCUGGCUGACCGUAUGGGCACCGCCUACCUGCAGAAGAUCCUCAACCAGCAACUGACCAAUCACAUCCGGGACACAUUGCCGGCGUUACGAGCCAAGCUGCAGAGCCAGCUGCUGUCCAUCGAGAAGGAGGUGGAGGAGUACAAGAACUACCAACCAGACGACCCCUCCCGCAAAACCAAGGCUCUGCUGCAGAUGGUGCAGCAGUUUUCGGUGGAUUUUGAGAAACGCAUUGAGGGGUCAGGUGAUCAGAUCGACACCUAUGAGCUGUCAGGGGGAGCGAAGAUCAACCGCAUCUUCCACGAGAGGUUCCCCUUCGAGCUGGUCAAGCUGGAGUUUGAUGAGAAGACACUGCGGAAGGAGAUCAGCUAUGCCAUCAAGAACAUCCACGGUAUCAGGACUGGCCUGUUUACUCCAGACAUGGCGUUUGAGACCAUCGUCAAGCGGCAGAUAGCCAGGAUCAAGGAGCCUUGUCAGAAGUGUGUAGACAUGGUCAUCUCUGAGCUGGUCAACACCGUCCGCCAGUGCACCCAGAAGCUGGCCCAGUACCCCAUGCUGCGUGAGGAGAUGGAGAAGAUCGUCACUCAGCACAUACGUGACCGCGAGAGCCGCACCAAAGACCAGGUCAUGCUGCUGAUCGACAUUGAGCUGGCCUACAUGAACACCAACCAUGAGGACUUCAUAGGAUUCGCCAAUGCUCAACAGAGGAGCAGUCAAAUGAACAAGAGCAAGGCAGCGGGUAACCAGGAUGAAGCCAUGGUGAUCAGGAAGGGCUGGCUGACCAUCAACAACAUCAGCAUCAUGAAGGGCGGAGCCAAAGAGUACUGGUUCGUCCUCACAGCUGAGACCUUGUCCUGGUACAAGGAUGACGAGGAGAAAGAGAAGAAGUACAUGAUGCCUGUCGACAACCUCAAACUGAGAGACAUCGAGAAGAGCUUCAUGUCCAGCAAACACAUAUUUGCUCUCUUCAACACUGAGCACAGGAACGUGUACAAGGAUAACCGCAGCCUGGAGUUGGCCUCUGACAGUCAGGAGGAGGUGGACAGCUGGAAGGCAUCCUUCCUCCGCGCUGGAGUCUAUCCCGAUCGCAACGUGGAUAAGAGUGAGUCCAGUGAUGACGGGGGCUCUGAGGGUCUGGGCCACUCCAUGGACCCUCAGCUGGAGCGGCAGGUGGAGACCAUCCGGAACCUGGUGGACUCCUACAUGUCCAUCGUCAACAGGACCAUCAGAGACCUCAUCCCCAAGACCAUCAUGCACCUGAUGAUCAUCAACACGAAGGAGUUCAUCAACGCGGAGCUGCUGGCGUGCCUGUACUCGUGUGGGGACCAGAGCAGUCUGAUGGAGGAGUCAGCGGAGCAGGCCACCCACAGGGACGAGAUGCUGCGCAUGUACCACGCCCUGAGGGAGGCCCUGCACAUCAUCGGGGACAUCAGCACCUCCACCAUCUCCACGGCCAUGCCCCCGCCCGUCGACGACUCCUGGCUGCAGGUGCAGAACCCCCGAGGCGGCGGAAGGUCUCCCAUGUCGAGCCCCACCCCUCAGAGACGCGCUCCCCCCGGCCCCCCCCGGCCUGGAGCCCGUGCUGCCCCGGGCCCCCCAGGGGGCCCUGCCGUCCCCUCCCGUCCUGGGGUGUCCCCUGACCCCCCCCAUGUCCCCUCCAGGCCCAACCGUGCCCCACCUGGAGUUCCCAGUCGACCCAGUAGGGGCAGCCCAUCCCACGGAGAGAGCCCACAGUCCUCUAUUGAUGGUUAAAUACCCCAACACACACACACACACAUUACACCUUUUCUUCCUACCUGCUCUCCUGCUGGCUGGCUGAGGUAACCAGUGCACACACACACACACAUACAUUCACACACACACACACACAGAAGAUUUACCCUGGAGGUCAGCAGAAGAGCAUCCAGAGU